AUGAUACUUUUUUACCUAUUGCCACUGUUUGCAGUUGCUCAAACCCCGCCUGAAUUCUCACCUUCAUGCACAAAAUCACUCGACGUGACCUAUUCAAAUAAACAGCCUGUCCGCCCAGGUCAAAUUUUGCGUCAAAUAGAUGUCGUAACACAGCCCGUCUUGAGACCCACGCAUCUUCAACCAGAUACCAAUUACAUCGUCUUCUUGAUUGACCCCGACGUUGUCCACGACUACAAUGCCACAACCAUUCUUCAUUGGUAUCAACCAAAUUGUCACGUAUCUCAAGCUACAGGCGAUUUUGUGGUACCUACAGAGGAUGGUGCCCAAUAUGUUGGCUCGCAACCUCCCCCGGGAGAAAAGCAUCGUUACAUCUUCUUGCUUUUCGAACAACCUCUGAAAUAUGUGUUCCCGCAAUGUUUCCAAACUAUAUUCCCCGUCUCCGUCGCUUCCAGGUCUGGGUUUGACAUUACGUAUUUUAUGGAAAUUACUGGACUCGGAAGCCCCGUUGCGGCAAAUUGGUUUUCUGUUGAGAGGGCUGGCGAGGCUAGCACGACCAGAGUCAUAACCACAACAAGCCUCAAUCACGCUCCAUGCAAGGCAACACAAGUGGUCAGGCACUUGUGA